AUGGCAGCUACAGUAAGAACCUUCAAGGGCCUCGUCACAAAACGCACGCAAGCGAUAUCUACUUGGUUGAAAGAAAAUAGCGCUCUUUUAUCCAAUCCUUGCGAUUCAGAGUCAGCCAGAAAAGAACGCAUUCAUGAUGCAUACGUAGCACUGAAAGAAUGCGACGAACACAUCACUCUUUUGGAAACUUCGAUGGCAAAACUAGCAAACGCCUACGAUGAAUACGAAGAUCACUCGGUCGAAGAUGACGAACAACUCAGCAAGUACACUGAUGCAGCUCAAGAAGUUAUCAUGAACCUUCACGAUCACAAGUCAAAAUUGAGGCGCGUUCUGUACGACUAUACGGCAGAAAACGACAAUGAAAGCGAGAAUUCACAAGCGCCAUCCAAACAAGGACCGCAGCGUCCACCCAAGGAGACUCACGAACAUCAAAGAGCAAAAAUGCCAGCAAUAAAAACAUCAACCCAAAGACCGAUGAAAGGAACGAGGAAUACUAACCAACACGUCAUCACGUCGGAAGAGAUCGAAGAAGAAAACCAUAACGAAGAAGAAAAACAAACCACAAACCAACUCACCGUCAAUAAUGAAGCAGUUGUAUUGCAAACGAACAAAUGGGAAUUCACGUCAAAUGAUGAGACAUUCAACUCCAGUAUCAAGCCAGACGAUCGCAUGAAGAACCGAUAUCCGAGAGUACUUGGCGUUUCAUGGAGACCUCAUACAGAUGAUAUCGUUCUUGCAAGCACUAUAAUACCCCAGAGAAACAUAACCAAAAGAAGAGUGACACAAGAACUCGCCUCCAUUUACGAUCCUAUGGGCCUUUUAGUACCGAUUCUCCUACCAGCAAAGGUUUUCCUGCAGUCUUUGUGGAAGGAUGACUACCCUUGGGACGACACACUUCCAGAAAACCUCCGUGUACAAUGGUACUAUUUGACGGAAGGAAUAACGAUGUUCUACAAGGAGAUAAAAAGACAAAUUCUACCCAGUUCCAAGAACUACAGACUUAUUGUCUUCACAGAUGCUAGCCAAUGCGCUAUAGCAACAUGCAUCUACCUCGACAACUAUGAGGCGACCAAUCUCCUAAUGGCAAAAUCGAAACUGCACUCGUUGAAAGCAUCGAUCACCAUUCCAAAAUCCGAGAUGAAUGCAGUCGUGUUGGGGGCAAGAGUUGCCAGAUAUGCCUACAACUCACUCGCAUCAGUCAUACAAAUAGACGAGAUCAUAUUUCUCACGGACUCGGAAAUCGUAUUAGGAUGGAUCAAAUCACAUUCCAAACGAAGUACAGCGGGAGUAUUAGUCAAAAAUCGCCUAAAGGAACUAAAAAAUAUCGUGAAAGACGUAGAGAAACAGAAAACCAGUUGCCUGUUUGGACAUGUUUCUACACAAGACAACCUCGCGGACUGCGGUACCAGAGGACUUAUGCCAAACACACUCAAAAACCACUUGUGGUGGGGCGGCGCUGAACUUACAGAUAGACUGAAAAAACUGCAGAGAUCCGAAUUGUUCUCACUAUCAACGAUCAACGAGGAAGAUCCAGUACUCCCCGUACAGCUAAACGCGAUAAUCGCAAACGAAGUGGAAGAGAAAACACUGUUCACCCUAACUAGAUACAGUUCCCUCUUCAAAGCUCAAAGAGUGGUAGCGUACGUCAUGAGAUUCCUACGACGCGUAACUCAACAUUUUCAACAAGAAAGAAAAGAAGAAGUCCACGACCAUAUACCGGCUAUCCAGUUUGCAGCAACUACUUUCGAACUCACAGGAGUCGAACUCAGAGAAGCCCGACUAUGCAUAAUUCGAGACCAUCAAAAACAUAUGGUCACGGAACACCAGAUCAAUUCUCAAAAAGACCUCAAUAUUCGCACUGAUGAAAAGGGAACAAGACGCUCCUCCAACAACACGUCAAAAGAAGACAGCUCAGACAAUCCAAAACCUGACCUUCACCCUAACUUUGAUGUCCUGCCUGGUCACUAG